UAGCCCGCUGAGAAGGUUUGCUAGGAGUGAAUAAACUGUCUUUCCCGUGGACGACGCGAUCGUUCCUCCAGUGAUCUGAUAACAUUGGCCAAAGACCAACCGCUUCUAUAUGAAACUGUCGUCGCUAGCGGGUCGCAUUUUAUUUCUAAUAAUCACAUCUGACAAUAUGCAGUGGGUGUGAAACUUGAAGCGCAGUUAACGGUUGCGUUAUCGCUUUAUGAUUAUCUAAGUUUUUUUUCCUGAGCAAGUGGUGGAUUCUGGAGUGUGAAUUUUUGCGGAUGUUUGACACGGCGGCAUUGAAGUGUUGGUUUCGUUGGUCGAGGGAACUAGUGUUGAAUUUGUGAUACAGUGUGAUCCAAUCGGAGGUGUUGGCUUCAAGAAAUAUAUUGCGUUCGGAACAGUGAUUCAAAAUUGUUUUUGUUUUUCAAAAAUUAUUAUUUUUUUGUGAAAAACUGCAAAUUACGAGCUCCUCCAUGAGAUUCGACAACCUGCUUGAGGCUGGACAACUGUUAACUUCCCCUUUGACUUCCCCUCCACCUCCACAUUUUCCACCACCGCAUCCUCCUCAUCCGUCGUCAUCCAGCAUGGCCUAUCAUCCUCUAUUCCUGCAAAGACCCACAGACUUUAGCGUUAAUUCCCUCCUCACGCAAUCUCCAUCCUAUUUGCCAGGUCUCGGAUUCCCCAAUUCGGGAUCUCAUUCCCCAUAUAGCCUUUUCCCAAAAUUCCCCGGCACUUUGGGGCCUUUCACGUCAUCUGAGGAUCUUUUGGCGCAAUCAGCACAUCUAAGAAACCCUCUUCGGUCCAUGGUCCCCGAAGAGGACGGGAUCGUCGACGAUCCCAAAGUUACGCUCGAAACCAAGGAAUUAUGGGAAAAAUUUCACAAAUUUGGCACUGAAAUGGUCAUCACCAAGUGUGGCAGACAAAUGUUCCCUCAAAUCAAGUUCCGCGUCACUGGUCUCGAUCCUAAAGCAAAAUACAUCCUGCUGCUCGACAUCGUCGCUGCUGAUGACUGCCGCUACAAGUUUCAUAACAGUCGGUGGAUGGUGGCCGGCAAGGCAGACCCUGAGAUGCCGAAGCGGAUGUACAUCCAUCCAGAUUCUCCGGCUACCGGGGAGCAGUGGAUGCAGAAAGUCGUGUCUUUCCACAAACUCAAACUCACCAACAACAUAUCUGACAAACAUGGCUUCGGCGGACCAGACUCUAAGACAAUACUGAACUCGAUGCACAAAUAUCAGCCUCGGUUCCAUCUGGUUAGAGCGAACGACAUCUUGAAGCUGCCGUACUCCACCUUCAGAACCUACGUGUUUAAGGAGACUGAAUUCCUAGCUGUCACUGCAUAUCAGAAUGAAAAGAUAACGCAGCUGAAGAUAGACUACAAUCCAUUCGCCAAAGGCUUCAGGGACACAGGAGCAGGCAAAAGAGAGAAAAAUUUCUCUCAUCUCUACAGCACACGCAUUUGCUCUAACCGCCCCAGCAACGGUAGCAACGACAUGAAGGUCGACCACCAGAUUGCCUUGCCGAACAUCCGUGGCUUCGAUACCAUCGGGACGAUGGACUCGUCCGAAAAAGACGAAGAGGAAGAAGAGGAGGAUGAGAGAGUGGAUGUGGUGGGCAACGAAGAAGAUCAUCACAACGACGGAUCUUCCCAUGAACUUAUGGAUUCGGACGUGUCUGUUGAAGAGACAAACAACAACGCAUCUGAAGACAUAGUUCGAGAGACGAUGAAAAGAAAAAGUAAUUUGGAUUCCCCUGACAUGGACGAGGUAUCAAAUCUAGCGGCUUUGAAAAAAGUCGCUUGCGAGAAAGAUUCUGGAAGUACCAAUCCUGUUGACCCUAUUCCUAAUAUUACAGUUGGUCCGCCAUUUCAACCUCCACACCUACUUCCUUAUUUGUAUCCUCAUGGAUUGUAUCCUGGAAUGCCGGCGUUGGCUGGUCUUCCAGGCCUCAUGCUCCAUGGAGCCUCCGCUGCGUCCGGCUUGAGUCCUUCCACUUUGCAAUUUUUAGGGUCUUCUCCAGGGUCUGGUAACCAUCACGCUGGUUCUUCUCCGUUAUCCCCACCGGUUGCACACAACCUCCUUCUCGCGCACAAUCUCCUGGCGAACCACCACCUCCUCGGGUCCCAUGCCUAUCGAGGAUUGGCAGGAUUAACAGCUUCAAACACCAGUUUAACCAAUUCCAGUUCGCCAACGAGCAGCAGCAUCACUGACAGGCUAAAUUCCAGCUCUUUAAGCCCUGCUACUCCUGCGACGACUACGUCUCCAUCUGCUCCUCUACCUAUUCUUCCCGAACGACUUAAACCUCCUCGAUUUACUCCAUAUUUACCUACCUCGUCUACUUCCUCUUUAUCAGCCGCAUUAUCGUCAUCUUUGUCCUCUUCUCUGUCUUCUUCACUAACGUCCUCGCUCUCAUCAUCAGCCUUAUCUUCAGUAUCCUCUCUGUCGUCAUCAUUAUUCGGGGAUUCUCAUCUAAGUGGUUCCUCUGCCUUUUCUGCCGUCAGCCCAAAGGCGUCAUCGCGAUUGGAAGAAGUAGUGCGGCGCUCUGUGGCUUCCCACGGGCAUUCUCAUGCGGCCACCAUCGCAUCUGAUCUGAAAUCUAUCGAAAAAAUGGUCAAUGGGCUCGACAGGCGUCCGGAAAUUCCAAAUUCGCUCAAGAUUUCUGAGAAGUGAAGUCACGCCCCCUGGAUUUCGGAUUUAAAUUUUGUUCCCCAAAGUUUCAGUCGUCUGCUAACGGUUGGUUAUUCUGAUACCAGUUCGAGCUGCACAGACGAGCUGUAACGUGUGCUUCUCCUCGCUUCAAUACCUAACCUCUAAGUCAUCCCCAUUUCAAAUUCUGUUUUGUCCGAUUUAACAGUGUUGGCGAGAUUUGUCUAAGGUCUUUAAACAGCAUAGACUUGGCAUCCUCAUUAGCCGGCGUACUUGUAUGACAAAGCCAACUUAUAUUACUGCUAUUAAUGCCCUCUUGAUUAGACUGCCUUCAACAGAGCAAAGUAAAAACAAAUACUUUUUUGCAAAGAGUCUCUCGACUCUUGGAGGCGGUCUUUGACUGCUCUCUGUGCUGGCACUCUAGUUUCUCUGACAUGGAUCCUCAAACUUUAAUUGCCCCGUUGGCGAUUGUCCGUUUUUCCAUCAAACGAACGCUAACUUUUCAUCUAUUUCAUCACUUAGAAAAUUAUUUUCGUAAUUGGGUAUAUUAAGUUUUAUUUUUCUGCAAAUAAGAAUUUUUAUUUAUAAAUUAGGUUGUUAUUGUGAUCUGUUACGAUCAUUUAUGUUCUCUAAUAUAUGGAGACCAUGCAAUAUUGUGUAAUAUGCGUGCAUGUAAUUAUACGGAGAGCACAGCAUUCGUUACAUGUGUGUACAGUGUGUAAAGAAUUUUUUGGCGCCCUCCAAAUUUUUUCUUUAGUAUUCUAGUUUCUUUAUCUGUCAUAGCUUGUUUAAUCGCGCUGUAUUUCCUAUUAAUUAAUAUUUCUCGUUUAAAAACCACUAAGCCACUACUUGCGGCAUACACCAAAGACACAAAGCUGACUUACUUGAAAAAGUAUUGUCAUUCUUAAUAGGUUAGUGCAGCCACGGAAUAAUUAUCAUAUGUAUACAUUCAUAUACCACAUAAUAUCGUCACUAAUAAGAAAAUACUUAAUAAAUGUUUUUAGUUAGCGAUCAAAUGAGAACUUUGGUGUCUUCGAUAUAUUGGCAACUUGUAGAAAAGUAGCGCUUACUAAAGUCCUAUGUAUAGAGUCCACGGAGCUCUGUUGCGAAAAUGUCAUACGUGUUUUUCAUAUAAAAAAACUCGUUUACUCGUUUUCUUAUAUGUUAAUCCACGAUUCGAAGAAUUAAGUACGGUCUCGCAUACAUUUCCAAGUUUCACAUUUGGCUUUUAAUUACUAGACAAAGGUGUUCCUAGUUGAACAAAAAUCUUCUCAAUCUUAUCACUCUCCAAAGUUAUAAGAUCAUGAGGUGUCAGCAGUUGUUCUGAGAUAAGAAAAAAUAGUGUUCUCUUUAUUUUUGAGUUAUAAUUCAACGUUUACUUUCUAUUUAUUCUGUAAAAUACAUUUGAAAGUCAUGAGUUCAAC